AUGGCUUUAACUCCAGAUGAACAUUACUAUUCCAACACAAGAGAAUUCCAGAACCAUCUCUUAAGCAGUCUGCUGCCCUUCCCCGAGAUUAAGGUGCACCAGAGAUCAACAGGCCCUCAGACAGCUUCCAGCUUUACUGACCGCAAAGCAAUCGAUGGAGCGAACUCCAAGAUUACCAGACACCGGAGACAAGAUGACCUCAGGGAUUAUGGGCCUUUCUUUUAUGCUGGAGGCUCAAACGGAGCAGAUCUAGUUGCCCGCUACUGUGAGAUCAAGGGAUGGAAGAGAAUCUAUGACAACAACCGUGGGGACUAUUUACUCAAAUGGUCAGAAUACAAAAUUGCCACCAACUACCAAAACUUCCGCCCAGGUAGGCAGCUCCUAAACCAGAUCCCAAACAACAGGAUCCUGACCACCAAAGGAGGUCUCUGCACUUCCCUCAAGGAAUACGAGAGAAUAGCAAUUAAGUAUUCAAAGGGCGUGUAUUCUCAGUGAGUUAAGACGAUCAAAUUGGACGACUUUUUCCCUCAGUCUUACCGCAUGGAUGUGAAAAGUGAGCGACAAGCUUUUUUUGAUGUCUUCAAAGAUGGUCAGAUCUGGAUUUGUAAACCUUCCAACUUACAAGAGGGCCGAGGAAUCUUCCUCCUAAGGUCCAGGGAUGAUGUGCAUGUACUCCGUGCAAAGCUGGAAAGUGUGGAAGAGAACCCAUUGAUCAAACCAGCUCAGUACAAUUCCAUUAUCCACAGAGUGGUGCAGAGAUAUAUCAGCAGACCCCUGCUUCUGGAUGGCAGGAAGUUUGACGUUCGGUCCUACUUCCUGAUUGCCUGCACCUCACCAUAUAUGGCCUUCUUUCACCAUGGUUACGCCAAGUCAACCUGCAACGUAUAUAAUCCAUCUUCCGAUGAUCUGACAAGUCACCUGACCAAUCAGUUCAUCCAAAGGAAGAACCCCAGGUUCAGUGACAUGAAGGAGGACACGAUCUGGUCCAUGGAGCACCUGAACGAGUACAUUAAUGAGAAGUACAUGGAAUCAAAGCGUCUCCCAAAGGACUGGGUCUUCACUGCUUUUACAAGGAGAAUGCAGGAGAUCAUGACAACUUGCUUAAAAAGUGCCAAGACCAAACUGGACUCAAAAUUGGGCUUUUUUGACCUCAUGGGCUGUGAUUUUAUUAUUGAUCAAAAUUUCAAGGUCUGGUUACUGGAGAUGAACGCCAACCCAUCAUUACAGAGACACUGUUCCGUUCUCAAAACCCUCAUCCCCAAGUUGGUGUAUGAAACUCUCGAUUUAGUAAUUGAGAUAUUCAAAAAAAGCAGUAAAGGAUUGCACAUCUUACCACUUGAGUCUCAAAGAGAGUUUGUUCUAAUUUACAACGGCUGCCAAAGGGGACAGUGGCCAAGACCAGGAAGAGAAGACAAAGUUUCCCCAAUGCUUCUUAAGCAGCCUUCUCAGCCAAAGCGUUUGGUCAAAAAGCCCAACAGGAAGCAGGAAGAAUCUAGGUCAUUCUCGGAUCAUGCUGCAGUGGAAAGAGAAGUAUUUCAGAAGACGUCCUCCCUGCUGUCCUCUGGACAACUGCCGGUCAUUGCCCAGAUCCAGAGCCUGUGCUGUAUGAGACCAACAGAUAAAACCAACCCACUCUCUGCAAGUCAACCUGCAUACUCGAAGGAAUGGAGCCAGCUGCAGAGCACUGUGGCCAAGGCACUGAUGAACACUGUGCCUUUUGUUCCUCCGUUCAACAGAAAGUUCACACAAUUUCCUCAAAAAGGUACAAGUCUGGAGAGUAAUCUGCUCCUCAAAUAGAGAGCCGCUUCGCAGUGCGUCAGUCCCCAAACCACAUGGAAUGAAGGAGUGCAAGAUCAGAGUGAUGUCCAGCUACAUAUCUUUGCCUCACGAGGAAAGUUUGCUUCAGUAAGGCUGGUGGAAGAGGUGACACCACAUCCCCACCUUGAA